CUACUGGCCAGAUUCCUAUGAGGGUGGAGCAGUGGGCAGAGAUUAUUUAAAUCCUUCCUGUUCCUCACAGGCAUUGUAUGUAUUUAAUCUCUGAAGUGACCACAGCAGCACACAGGACCUGUUCCAGUGCAAGGCCAGUCUGUGCAGGGGAGUGUUUCUGUUGUGGGCUACAGGGAGCACUUCAACCAGGCUCAGCAUUUCCUGUGUUAUCAGGGAACACAUUCAGAGCUCAAUUUUGACACCAGAAGUUUCCUCCCGGAGCUGGCCUGGUGAGUGAGCAAAUUGCGUACUUGCAAUGAUGAGAUACUGACUUAAAGCUUGGAGGAUUGAUGUGCAAGUCUGACUCGUUGAAGAACAUUCCACAAUCAGCCAGCAUGGAUCAGUUCCUACAUGACUUCCUGGUAGGAAAGAAUUUUCAGCAGUUGGCCACCAACUUUGUCCCUCACUAUACCACAUUAAUCAGUAAGGUAGGGGGAAUCCUCUCUCAAGAAAAUCUUGGUAGAAUUCAAGCAACCCUUAAAGAGGCCAAGCUAAAAGAUAUGGCUGACAUAAUUGAGGAAUCACUUGUGGCAGCAGAGAAUGCUCCACUGGAUGUGGCUGUGAUUGGGGAAUCUGGCACUGGGAAGUCCAGUUUCAUCAAUGCCCUGCGAGGACUUAGUUAUGAAGAGGAGGGUUCUGCAAGUGUUGGCGUUGUGGAGACUACCAAGAAGAGAACACCCUAUCAACAUCCCAAAUAUCCUAACGUGACCUUCUGGGACCUGCCUGGAACGGGAACCCCCAAUUUCCAACCACAUGAAUAUCUAGAAAGGGUGGAAUUUGCUACCUAUGACUUCUUUAUCAUUAUUUCCUCCUCUCGGUUUAGCCUCAAUGAUGCUUCGCUGGUCAAAAGUAUCAAAGAGAUAGGCAAGAAGUUCUACUUUGUUAGAACCAAGGUGGACAAUGAUUUAUAUAAUGAAGAGAAACGCAAACCCACUUCUUACAAAAGGGAGAGAGUGCUUCAGCAGAUACGAGACAACUGCCUGGCUAACCUCAGCCACAUUGGAGUGCCUGAGCCAUGCGUCUUCUUGGUCUCCAACUUUGAUCUGGAUGACUUUGAUUUCCCAACACUGGAAGAGACCCUGCUGAUGGAGCUCCCUGUUCAUAAGCGCUACACCUUUGCACUUCUGUUGCCCAAUUUGUCUGAAGCUUCCAUUGAGAUGAAGAGAGCUUUGCUCAAGGAGAAGAUCUGGCUGGAUGCCCUGAAAUCUUCUGCUUUGAGCUUCAUCCCCUUCAUGGCCUGCUUUAACUGCUUUGAUUUUCCCCAGCAGGAAAAGUGCUUGAAACAUUACCAGAGCCAUUUUGGUUUGGAUAAGAAGUCACUCAAAGGGAUUGCAGAGAAGCUCAACAUGUCUUUGGAGGAUAUCAAGAGUUUCACCAAAUCCUUGAAUUUCCAGUUCCUUGUGCAGGAUGACAACAUACCAAAUAAGGCCAUGAAAUGUGCCGAAUGUUAUUGCUCAGUAAAUGGAGGCCUGCCAUCCACCAUCUUCCAGUUUUUUAAAAUCUACUUUCUACAUUUGAAAUUCAUCAAUACAGUGGCUGAUGAUGCUAAAAUUCUCUUGAAUAAGACUUUAGAGAGCUUAAGCCUCAGAAGAUGACACAGAUGGCUCAGAAUGCCAA